AUGUGGCCUAACUGUGAUUCCUGUUGUGUACGCCUCAGAUCCAGCGCCAGCGGGAACUCGGCUCAGUCUCAGCUGCAGGCCUUCAGAGACUCGGUGGCCCGUCUGACGUCAGAGAGAGACACUCAGAAGAAAGACAUGGAGACCAAGAACAGUGACAUCCUGGAGAGGAACCGGACCAUCACUCAGGUCAAGAAGAUUGGACGGCGCUACAAGACGCAGUAUGAGGAGCUGAAAGCCCAGCAUGACAAGAUGGUUGGGGAAACUGCUGAUAAAGCAGGAAGUGAGGCGGGUCCGAGCCAGGAAGUGCAGCAGGAGCUGACUAAAGCCCAGGAGGAGCUCAACCAGGCCAGAGAGGAGCUGAGCACACUGAAAGAGGAGGGGCAGAAAAAAGUGGAGGAGGACCAGAAGGGCCAGCAGGAGCUGGAGGAAGCCAAGAAGGAGAACCAGCAGACCAAGGAUAAGUUCCAGGAGGUCCAAAACCAGCUGACCCAGAAACAGAACCAGCUUACACAGGUACUGAGCACAUGCAAGCUACAAACUAUCACGAAGCCUGUGCUUGAUUAA